AUGCUCAAUAGCGUCUCAAUCCCCGAUGGAGCAUGGACCUUCCAGAACAUCGGUCCUCUAACAACAACUUUUGUCCAGCCAACUGGCUGUACCAAAGAGCCUUUCGUAGGCCUCGUGUCAAUGAGCGAGGGAUUUGCCAAUUGGGCAUACGGAACCCAAUGUGUUCAGACCAUCGCCGAUUCCUGCUUUCCUACCACAACCGCCACGCCAGUCACUUCAUACAACUUUGCUGAAUGGAUCGGCUACGGCGAAUACUACUCACCAGGUCUCCACUGUCCCUCCGGCUGGGCCACCGUCGGAAGCGCCUCUCCCGACGACGAUAACCCAUCUACUUCGUCAGGCACCUCGUUGCCCACGGAUUCACCGGAUUAUCCUAAUUGGCGGAUGCCACAGGCAAUGUUAUCCUAUGGACUGGAACCUGGCCAGAGUAUGGCGUUAUGCUGUCCGAGCUCAAUGACCCCCGACGCCGGAGGCGCAUGUUAUUCUACCCUGAAAGACUUCAAGCCUACUUCUGGCUGCGGGGUCGGGGUCUAUGUGGAAAGCAUAUCUGAAUUUGUUACUUAUUCUGUAUCAACGGAUGCCACGACUACCAAAACAAUCCCGUAUACCUCGGAGGUGGCUGAAUUUGUUACUCGUACUGACGUCGAAACUCAUACCUCGGCUCUUGCGUCGUUCACUGCUGUUUCGUACAUGGCUAUGAUCACACUUGUGUGGCAUCAGUCGGAUCGGGAAUCGGAUUCUACUGCUACAGAUGCAUCGGCUGCUACUGCCGCUGCGACAUCGACAUCUACGCCGAAUGCUGCUGGCAGAGUGGGUUCAAGGGUGUCUUGGGAUGGUAUUAAUGCACCGCUUGGUGUUUCUGCUCUUGCGAUGGCUCUGGGGGCUGCCCUUGUGUUCAUGGCUUAG